GGGUAAUCGUGCUAUUGGCUGGGGCCCUCGCCCCAGGCCGAGGAGGAGGAGGAGGGGCAGGAGGGUUUGGUUGAGCCGCAGCUGUUUGUCUGUUCGACACAGGCUUGGGCCCGACGGGGGAGACGGAGCCCCAGGACUGUUGAAGCCUGAAGUCCCCUCCCCUUCCCCCUCCCCCCUUUGCCGCUUUGUGGCAUCCCCCUCCCUCUACCCUUUCCCAUUCUGAUAAUCUAGUCAUGACGAGCAGAAGCACAGCCAGGCCCAAUGGGCAGCCCCAGGCCAGCAAAAUAUGCCAGUUCAAAUUGGUCCUGCUGGGUGAAUCUGCAGUGGGGAAGUCUAGCCUGGUAUUACGUUUUGUCAAAGGGCAGUUCCAUGAGUACCAAGAGAGCACCAUUGGAGCUGCCUUCCUCACCCAGUCUGUUUGUCUAGAUGACACAACAGUCAAGUUUGAGAUCUGGGACACAGCUGGGCAGGAACGAUACCAUAGUUUGGCCCCCAUGUACUACAGAGGUGCCCAAGCUGCCAUUGUGGUUUAUGACAUUACUAAUCAGGAAACUUUCGCCCGAGCGAAGACAUGGGUAAAGGAACUACAGCGACAGGCCAGUCCUAGCAUCGUUAUUGCCUUGGCGGGGAACAAAGCUGACCUUGCCAAUAAGCGCAUGGUGGAGUAUGAAGAGGCCCAGGCGUAUGCAGAUGACAACAGCUUAUUGUUUAUGGAGACUUCAGCCAAGACAGCUAUGAACGUGAACGAUCUCUUCCUGGCAAUAGCUAAGAAGUUGCCAAAGAGUGAACCCCAGAAUCUGGGGGGUGCAGCAUGCCGAAGCCGGGGUGUGGAUCUCCAUGAGCAGUCCCAGCAGAACAAGAGCCAGUGUUGUAGCAACUGAGGGAGUGGCUAGCAGCAAAGAAGUAUGGAGCUAGCACGAGAGCUAAGAAAUAACCUCCGUCCCCACCCCUCAGCACACAGCCCCUAUGGUAACAGCACACUGAGCCCUGGCUCCCAAGGGCUGCCUCCUGACAGCUCCGUCAUGGCACUUUUUAACGCUUCAGCAACCAACACCAGGCAGCUGUUGCCACUGGCCUCCUACCCCUACUCUGGGGCUCGGGGGUCAGAUCCCCCAGGACUUACCUUCCAAAACAAACUUUCUUCACUUUGUAUUAUAGGUGCAAGACAGUGACCUACUUAUCUUUCCUCCUCCUCCUCAUUUUUUCAGAAAUUUUUUUUGUCUCCUGCCCCUUCCCCUUCUGCUUUGGUCAAUCCCUGUUCUUGAUCCCCUUAUCCUCCUCUCCCCAGGAUGGAGAAGGUGGUGAACCCAGGAAUUGAGGAAGGAGGUUUCCAGUUCAGUCACAUUAAGGGCCCUGGGGGAGAGUAAGGCUCAGAGCAGGAGGGAGUAAGGAAACAGUUCCUUUUUUCUUUCUUUCUUUCUUUCUUUCUUUCUUUCUUUCUUUCUUUCUUUCUUUCUUUCUUUCUCUUUCUUUCCUUUCUUUCCUUUCUUUUCUUUCUUUUCUUUCUUUUCUUUCUUUCUUUCUUUCUUUUUUUGGUUGGAGUUUCUCAUAUUUGAAAACACUGCAGUCUCCAUGAGUUGGCCUUGUGGAGGGCGUUUCUAGGUAGAGGUGAGAAAGGGAAGGCAAGCUCUCGGGUACCGGGUAGUUGUGUUGUUAGCUAACUGGGCAGAGGUGGAGGAGGUGGAGAUGCAGCAUCACCUGUGGCUCUGGAACUGUUCCAAGGCCUAAUUGCCCCCUCACCUAGCCUCUUAGGUAGCUCCUCCCCCAUAAUGGGGGAGACUCUGGACCCCAGAGUCCUCCAAAGAAUCUUCACUGGUUGCCUGCAUCUUUGGCUCUGCUGUGAUCUAAUUAGAGGAGGGACCAGUUUCUGAUACCCAUCCUCUGAUUUAUACAUAUACAUUUUUUUUCCUCUGGCCUUUAGAUGGCCUCAGCCCCAGCCACUAUAUUCCCCUGCAGUUUGCACUUUAAUUGGUGGUAGUUCAGUUGGGAUACUUGUUUUAUGGGGGUUUUGAUUGAUUUACCUGCCCUCUCACCUUUUUAAUUAAAUGGAACCCAAGGUAGUAUAUAUAUGAGGUUUUAGGAGGGGCUGUAGAGAACAGGACCAGUGGCAGCUACUCAAGCCCAGUCUCCACUGCUAGCUUCCUCCAACUCUGAUUCUUAACCUAUAUUCUUGCCAACCUAGCUCUCGAGUAUAGGUUUGCCUUUCCUGGGGAAUUAACUGAGCAACUGGAGAGUGGUCUCAGGAUAGCCUAGGCCAUGGUAUGGGAGUGAAGAGGGGUCGGUCAGCAAGAGGGAAGAGUUUUCUGUCCUUCCUGACGUUCAUGUUCAGAGAUCCACCCAUUACCAUGUCUUUUCUGCUUUCCCUGUAAAUAGGUAUGAUCUUUAUUCCCACUGUACAGUCUGUUCUGUACUCCACCUCCCAUCAGGCCCUGUAUCUUUUCUCCUUUGUUAGUAUCUUCAGUUUAGUCCCUCCAUUCUUAUCCUCAUACCCACCCCCAGCAAGUGCUUUAAUCCACGUACCACUAGGGGCUAAUACCACAGAGGCCUGCUGUGGCCCCCUCAUAUCGUAACACCUGUUCCUGUGGAUAGGGAACAACUGGCACUGAAGGUCCAUCACAACUGUCUCACAUCACCAGGGGAUGUUGGUCCUUUCUAAAUCUCCAGCUACUCUUCAUAUCCCUCAUCAGGUAUUUUAGGAUGUCUUGGGAAGCCAUCAAGGCAAGAGAGAAUUCUAAACUUCUUGUUCCAGCCCAGAGUUUUGGGGAAAUUGGGGGAAGUAAGAUAGGAAAGGUCACAGUGACCUAGGAUUGGGACCUUUCUACCCUUGUGUUUGCAGACUGCCUUCUGUCCCAGAGCAGCUGAAAAAUCCUUGGAGCUGAGACUCUGAAGGACCCAGCUUAGGUUCUUCCACUUAGGACUCAUUUCCCUUCCUUUUCCAGGGGCAGCCUUAGUUCCCGUGGCCCUGAAAUACACAUACAUUUUCCCCUUCCUUUCCCAGCACCCACCAGCCUCCCAAAGCACCCAGUGCAUCCUUACAAGUGGAAGAACUAGGAUAUCUCUCUUAAAUUCCUUAGAAAUGAAGUUUUUGCUCCUCCCCCCCCCGCCCCCGCCUCUGUGCAUCUUUCCCCAUGGAACAGAAGUGAAGUGUUUCAUUGCCUUGGGGCUGGGAAACCAUUUCUCCAGGCUUCUCCCCUCCCCAGCCCCCUUAGGAACAGGAUUGGCCUUAGCUUCUGGGCCCAUCUGCUGCCUUCCUUCUAUUUCCUACCAGCUCUUCUGCUUUCCUUUGAGCUCUCUUGGGCUUGAGGAUCUUAGUUUUUAUUUCCCAGCUCUUCAUUUUUUUUUUUCUUCUGAUCAGUUUUUUUUUUUUUUUUUUUUUUUUUUUUGGGGGGGGGGGUUUUUUUUUUUUUUUUCUUCUAAGAAAGCAUUUGCCUUUUCCCCCUUUUCUUCCUCUCCCGACGUAACAAUCGUGGUAACAGAAUGCAACUGCUGAUUUACCGAUGUAUUUAAUGUAAGUAAAAAAGGAAAAAAAAAAAA